UUUUCCGUCCUCUUCCGAGUUUAAAUCAACUUUAAAGAUGGCGCUCGCAAUACGGCAGUUAUGUCGUCAGGCGUUAGGACAAAUAAAACGCCCGAAAACCUUUUUGUCAAGAGUUUGCGGAUCUCAAAUUGGGCAAGAUCAUUAUCGACAUUUGUCACUUCAUGAAUAUCAAAGUAUACAACUGCUUGAAGAUGCCGGUGUUUUGACGCCGAAAGGAGGAGUAGCGGAAACACCACAGCAAGCUUAUGAGAUUGGUGAAGUCAUUGGUGCAGAUGAUCUUGUCCUCAAAGCACAGGUUCUUGCAGGUGGAAGAGGCAAAGGUGUAUUUGAAGGAGGCUUACAUGGAGGAGUUAGAAUUGUAUUUAGUCCAGAAGAAUGUAAAGAAUUUGCAGCAAGGAUGAUUGGAAAAAAAUUAUUCACAAAGCAAACUGGUGAAGCUGGAAGAAUUUGCAACAAGGUGUUGAUUUGUGAGAGGUUAUAUUCUAGAAGAGAGUAUUAUUUUGCAAUAACGAUGGAAAGAGCUUUUAUGGGACCAGUACUUGUUGGGAGUCACCAAGGUGGAGUUGAUAUAGAGAAAGUUGCUGCUGACCAUCCAGAAGCCAUAUUUAAGGAGCCUGUGGAUAUUAAUAAAGGACUGAGCCUUGAGCAAGCUGCAAACUUUGCGAGAACGAUGGGUUUCUCUGACAGUUGCAUACCGGCUGCUGCUGAUACGAUUAUGAAACUUUAUAAUAUUUUUAUUGAGAAGGAUGCGUUGCUAAUCGAGAUUAAUCCGUUGGCCGAGGAUUCACUUGGAAGAGUCGUGUGUAUGGAUGCGAAGCUAAAUUUUGACGACAACGCUGCAUUUCGUCAAGACGACCUAUUCAAACAACGGGACUGGACUCAGGAGGAUGAAAGAGAAGUUGAGGCAGCGUCAUAUAACCUCAAUUAUAUCGGUUUAGAUGGAAGCAUCGGUUGUCUAGUGAACGGUGCUGGUCUUGCUAUGGCCACCAUGGAUAUUAUCAAAUUACACGGCGCUGAGCCUGCAAAUUUUUUGGAUGUCGGUGGAGGUGCGACUGCAAAACAAGUUGCAGAAGCUUUUAAAUUAAUCAGUGCUGACCCUAAGGUGCAUGCAAUUCUUGUGAAUAUAUUUGGUGGAAUAAUGAGAUGCGAUGUGAUUGCUGAAGGAAUUGUAGCAGCUGCAAGUCAACUUGACCUAGACAUACCCAUAGUAGUGCGACUGCAAGGUACACGAGUCGAGGAUGCAAAAGCAAUUUUUACCACGAGCGAUCUUCGUAUAUUGGCUGUGGAUAAUUUGGAGGAGGCAGCAAAGAUGGCAGCACGUUUAUCUAACAUUGUAGAACUGGCGAAGCAAGUAUCCGUGGACGUUAAAUUUGAAUUGCCAAUUUAAACCACCCCCGUCUUGUAUACGGAUGAACUGUAAAUGUGACAUAUUACUUUAGAAAAUAUUCUGUAUGACAUUGUAUAAUAUUAUACUCAACGGUUUUUGGUAACCUGAAAUGAAAGUUAGAAUUACUGUAUUUGAGUAUAUAUGUAUAAAAAAUUUUAUUG